CCAGUCAAUGCCAAUUACCUCUUAACCAGUAUAGGCACGUUUCAUAUCACACUUGGUUCGUGUUAGUCAUGUAUUCGCAGUUGAUUUGUGGAUCUGUACAUUAAUAAUUUUAAGCAAUAUCAGAAGACAUGUUUCGAGAGAAUUGAUAACAUUCUCAAUGUGACUGAACAUGGACCCCCUGCGUUGUGCUCAGGUUGCCGUGCAGUGUCGUCGAUGUAUGAUUGCAGUCCCCUCAGAACCUUUAAUGUGCUGUGACAAUUGUCACAUACAUCUGUGUAAAACCUGUAAGGAGGAACAUUUAUGUGAUGAAAUUGGAAAACAUAAAGUGGAAUCUUUAAAAAAAAGAGAAUUUCUUCCUCAAUGUUCAAAACACACCACAAAGUUAAGUGAACUUUAUUGUGAAAGAUGUGACAUUCCUAUUUGCAUUGACUGUGUCAGCUCUGGUGAACAUUUAGGACACAAACAAAUAGACGUUUGGAAAAGUCUAGAAACCAAGAAAGAAUUUCUACAGAAAGAUUUAGAAGAAUUAGAGAAAUCCAUUUUUCCUACAUACCAAGAAAUUGUAAAUAACAUCUCAGAUCAGAAAGUUGAUCUUGAUCAAAACUCUCAAAAGUUGACAACAGCAAUUGACAGGCAUGGGGAAGAUAUGCACAGAGAAGUAAACCUAAUUAUCAAGACUAUGAAAUCUAAACUUGAUGUUAUGAACUCAGAACUCCUUGUUGCUCUCAAUCAACAGGACGAUGAAAUCUCACGCACCGUAGCUGAACUACAAAAAAGUAUUGCUUAUCUAAAUAAAUUACUGAACUCCAAUGAUGUCAGUAAGGUCUUUGCCUACAGAUCCAGGAUUGCAAAAUUUCGAAACGUACCUCCUAAACCUAUUGUUUCCUUUUCAAGUUUUACCCCUUACAAAAUCAACAACGAGCAGAUUCAUCAACAUUUUGGUUAUUUGUCAGCGUCAUCAAUAACGACAGAGGUACAUGACUACUCACCGAUUCCUCCAUCUCCUAAGGACAAACCACUUACUGAUGUACCAAAGAUCAUCACAAUUAUAAACACCAAGUUUGGAGACUCUAAUUUAUUAGGGAAUGUGUCUUGUCUGAGUGAUGAAGAAAUAUGGGUGAGUGGUCAGGGCAAAAUUAUGAGACUCUACAAUCUCAAAGGAAAAAUGUUGAAGGAAAUUGAAACAAAAUCAAGACAUACACCAAAUGAUAUAGCUGUCUCAAAGGAUGGGUAUUUAUUUUACGUCGACUACAAUGAUCGUACAGUGAACAAAGUUUAUACCGACCACAAUGAUAGAGCAGUGAACGUUUUUAAAAAGAAUGCAAAGAUACAAGAGGUUGUCAGACUGCCAAGCUCGAGACCUUACAAUGUAUGUAGUACUUCCUCGGGUGACCUUCUGGUUGUCAUGAUCAUUGAUGACAAGAAACAAACAAAAGUUGUGCGUUAUUCUUGUUCUGGUUCUGAGAUACAAAAACCUAUUCAAUUUGAUGACAAAGGAGAGUCCCUUUAUUCAUCUGGUUUUUACAGCAAAUCAAUCAGUGAAAAUAGGAACAAAGACAUAUGUGUAGCUGACUCGUACGCCAAUGCAGUAGUGGUAGUUAGUGAGGCCGGAAAAUUCCGGUAUAACUACACUGGCCCCCCUUCUACUCCUAAAGGAUCAUUUGCACCAAUCGGUAUCAUUACAGACAGCCAGAGUCGGAUCUUGACAUCAGACAAUAAUAACUUCUGCAUCCACAUCAUAGAUCAGGACGGACAGUUCCUCUGCUACAUUGACAACUGUAAUUUAGGCCGUCCAUGUGGUUUAUGUGUGGACACUAUUGAUAACCUCUUUGUCGUCGAGUACACAGGUGACGUAAAGAAAAUCCAAUAUUGCAGAUAAACAAACGGUCUUCAAAAAAUGUGAUCGUGAAAAAAGAAUAUUUAAUGAAUGUAAACGUGAAUCUGUUCAUUCAUCAGUUUUAUAUCAA